AUGUCGUCGCCGCACGCGACGGAACUCGUCGCCACCGCGCGCGCGCUGUGCGCGCCGGGAAAAGGCGUCCUCGCCGCGGACGAGAGCACCGGAACGAUCGGCAAGCGGUUCGCGACGAUCGCGGUCGAGAACGUGGAGCCGAACCGACGCGCGUACCGCGAGCUGCUCUUCACGACCCCGGGGUUCGAGACGUUCUGCUCGGGCGUCAUCACGUUCGAGGAGACGUUCGCGCAGAGCGCCGCGGACGGGACGACGUUCGUCGACGUCUUGGCCUCGAAGGGCGUCCUCGUCGGCGUCAAGGUGGACACGGGCGUGGUGCCGCUCCACGGCGGUCUCGACGGCGAGACCGCGACGCAAGGUCUGGACGGCCUCGACGCGCGGUGCGCGGGGUACUACGCCCGAGGCGCGCGGUUCGCGAAGUGGCGCGCGGUGUUGUCGAUCGACAGAGCGAGCGGCAAGCCGAGCGAUUUGUGCGUGCGCGCGAACGCUGACGCGCUCGCGCGGUACGCGUCAAUCUGCCAAAAGAACGGCCUCGUCCCGAUCGUGGAGCCGGAGAUCUUGACCGACGGCGCGCACGACGUGGAGACGUCCGCGGCGGUCACGGAGCGCGUCCUCGCCGCGGUGUUCAAAUCCCUGAGCGACCACGGCGUGAUGCUCGAGGCGCGUCGUACCGGCACGAUCCUCAAGCCCAACAUGGCGACGGCGGGCGCCGACGCCGGUGACGGCGGCGCGUCCACCGAGGACGUCGCGCGGCUCACCGUCCGCGCGCUGCAGCGCGUCGUCCCGCCCGCGGUGCCCGGAAUUCUGUUCCUGUCCGGCGGGCAGAGCGAGGAGGAGGCGACGGCGCAUCUGAACGCGAUGAAUAAGGCGCGUUCUAUCUCACACUGGUUCCCAUACGACCCCCCGUGGGCGCUGUCGUUUUCGUACGGACGCGCGUUGCAGUCGAGCGUUUUGAAGGCGUGGAGAGGCGACGCCGCCAAUGUUGCGGCGGCGCAGGAAGCGCUGCUGGCGAGGGGGACCGCGAACUCGAAGGCGGCGCUGGGGGAGCUGUGA